AUGACUCAGCGGCAGAGCUUUAAGAGGCUGAUAAUCCUUCAACGGGAUAACGAGAACCUCCAGCACAGCUUGCUGAAAGCCGCGGAGAACGCGAGAAGCGCGAGCGGGAGCGCGGCGCAGCGAAACGAUUCGCGCGCGGGAACGAGGGAAGACGCUGAUGAUGAGGCCGCUCAGAGUCGGCAGAGGAGGAGGAGAGAUGCGCACUCGGAGCGGAGACAGAGGGCGCGUCAGAGAGCAGGAGCACGGCGGCCCGAAGGCGGGGAUUCGCGAGGGAAAUGCAGAAACUGCGCGUCGAGACAAAGAAGAAGCAGAGAGCCAAGUUUAUAA